AUGCGAAAGGAAUUAACAGAUGCUGAACGUAUGCGUAUGCGCAUGAGGGUGGAAACAACUACGUCUACUAGUAAAGGUGCUGAUCGAGUAGUAGCUAUCGCAUUCACUCUCAACGUGUGUGACGCUGCUUUCAAGUAUACGGCUGCAUAUCUUACGGGCUCUAAGUCGUUAUUUGCUGAAGCGAUUCAUAGCACAAUGGACACUUGUAAUCAAAUGAUUUUGCUGAUGGGAAUACGGUACUCGGCGAGGAAUCCUGACAAUCUCUUCCCAUAUGGAUACGGUAAUAUGCGCUAUGUGACGUCGCUGAUUUCUGGUUGUGGUAUUAUGGCAUUUGGAUGCGGUCUCUCAAUUUACCACGGAGUUUCCGGAUUAUUACAUCCUGCAGAAUUGGAACCACUGAACUACGUGAGUUUAAUGUAUCAGAGGCCUUGA